GGAGUUUCCUGUGAGUCUACAGGGUUCUCAUGUCAUUGGGCAGGAUCAAGUGUGGGUGGGUGUGGUCUCCAAAGGACCAGAUAGUGUUAACUUAAACUCGUCUUACCAAACUAGAUUUACACCGGCUUACAUGGAUAGUCUAGGCAACACAUUAGUUAAUUUUUUUAGAAUCAUACCGGAUGGAGUAUUGGUCUUUUUUCCCUCGUACGUUGUCAUGGAAACCCUUGUCACCCACUGGAAGGAACAAAGCAGCAUAUUCAUGAGAAUGGAGCAACAUAAGCAAAUAUUCAAAGAACCAAAGUUUAAAAAUGAAUUUAAUUCUGUAAUGAGUGCUUAUUAUGAGAAGAUUGGAUCGGCCGAUAAAGUGGGUGGAGCUUUCUUUGGAGUGUGUAGAGGGAAAAACAUCAAAUGUAUGUAUACCUGUGCUUGUGCUCCAAGCAGUUGCUGUUAA